AUGAAGUUCCUUAGCCUCAUCACUCUCGCCUCUUUCGCCAUUGCGACUCCUUUCCGUCGGCAGCAAACUGUGACUGGAACUCUCCAGAGCUCAGUCAACACCCUCUCUAAUGCUGUCACGGUGAAUGUCAAUGAGAUCAACGAUGCCCUCGAUACUAUCCAGGGCAGUGUAGACGCCCAAGUCAUCAUUCAAGUCCAGGCCCUCCUCAGGGCCAACUACCAGGCAAUUGCCCAGGCCCUGAACACAUCUACAAUCAACAUAAUUGGUGUAACCACCGGGGCUGUUGGAGGAGUCACUGGCCAGGUCGUUGGCCUUACUACGCAGCAGAUUGUCCAACUCACUGCCACUAUUCGCCGCACCAUCGCCACUCUUGAGCAGAUCGGUGCCACCAUCACCGUCACAGUCACUGACUUGACUCCCGCUGUGAGAGCUACCAUCCAAGCCGAGAUCAACGCAGUGACCACACUCAUCAACCCUUUCAUCACUCCUCUUCUUCUCUUCUCGGCUGCCGUCCGAAGCGCUGCUGUUACCGUCACUGUUGUUAUUACUGGGCUCGAGGCUGCCAUCGCCAGCUUGGUCCAAACCCAGCAUGAACUCAUCGACUCUAUUGGAAUCUCUGCUAUUGCCGGCUUUUAA